GUGAAACAUCUGUUUUUAAAUAUAUAUCCAGCGGCAGAAAUAAUACAUACCGAUACCGAUCCAAGAUGAGUUUCCUCAAUUACGUGUUUGGCCCGAAUCUCUUCAUGGAAUACCGGGGCGUCCCGGAGCCGCAGCGCAAGAUGUACGAGGCGGGGGCGGUGGAGAAGUUUGGGGAGCAGAUUCUAUCGACGCUUUCGGUGAUGUGGUCGGUGGGCUACUACACUUCCCCUCUCCUGGUCACCUUUCUCUACCGCCGUGGCUACCUGGUCACCGAAUCGAUGCCGACGCUGGCCAAGAUCACCACCAGCGUGGGCCUCAUCGUGAUCAUCUCCCUGGUGAUGCGCGGCCUGGGGCGCAAACAGUCGCGCUCCUACUCCAACAUGAUGAAGGCCCUGGUGCGGGCGAAGGCCACCAAGUCGCCGACCGAUGCCAACAGCGAGCUGCGCCGCUUUGACAUCGAGUUUAACGCCUGGCCCGUUGACUUCGAUGUGAAGGCUUUGACUGGGGACACCAAGAAGCCCGUGGUCACGGCCAGCAGGCGGGAACCGCUCCAACUGGCCACCCUGCCCUGCGAGGUGAUCGCCUACCUGGCCAUCAACACUUUUGGGCUCUCCAUGAUCUAUCCGGGUUCUGUGAAGCUGCUCCAGAAAUUCAUGAGACCCAUGCUGAUCUCCGGACGCGCCAAGCUCAUCGAGGAUGACAAUGGCAUCCGCUAUAAGGUUAAGACCAUCGACUCGAACGAAAUCGACACGUUGUUUAUCGACAACCGCAAUGACAACGUGGGAAAUGGCAAGACGCUGGUCAUUUGCUCUGAAGGCAAUGCCGGCUUCUAUGAAGUGGGCAUAAUGGGCACCCCGGUGGCCCUGAAGUACUCCGUUCUGGGUUGGAAUCAUCCAGGAUUUGCCGGCAGCACGGGCACGCCUCAUCCGCACCAGGACAAGAACGCCAUUGAUGCUGUUGUGCAAUUUGCCAUCAAUAAUUUGGGCUUCUCCGUGGAGGACAUCAUUCUGUAUGGCUGGAGUAUUGGAGGCUUUAGCACAUUGUACGCUGCAUCCGUUUAUCCGGAUGUCAAGGGAGUGGUGCUGGACGCCACCUUCGAUGAUGUGCUGUACUUGGCCAUUCCACGAAUGCCAGCUGCUCUGGCGGGCAUUGUCAAGGUAGCCAUUCGUAACUACUGCAAUUUGAACAAUGCCGAACUGGCCAACGAGUUUAACGGACCCAUAUCCUUUAUUCGGCGUACUGAAGAUGAGAUUAUUGCCGAGGACAACCGCAUCGACACCAAUCGCGGUAAUUUCUUGGUUUUGUCAGUGCUCAAGCACCGGUAUCCAAACAUUUUUGGGGCUUCACAGUUGAACAAGGCCAAGGGCCUGCUUUCGAAGCCACUGGAACCCUACAGUAUCCCCACCGCCGAUGAGAAGCUAUGCAUGUCGCGCCUAAUCACCUACGCCUCCGACGAGGGCAAGUCCUUCCCUAUGAACAUUGGAGCCGAUUACUCCGACGAGGUGCGCAACCUCAUGGCUGUCUUUUUGUUGCGCAAGCAUUUACGUGACUACAACUCGACGCACUGCACCCAGUUGCCCGGGGAGUUCUUCACCAUGCCGUGGGACAUACCCACCGAGCAGGGAUUCGUGUUCACCUAAGCCCAACCAUUCCGGAGGUGAUUUACGGCCGUAUGCUUAGACUUAGUGAAAUGGUUUUAGUCAUUUUUGCAUUAUUCUGACUGCUUAUUAAAUUAUUCAAACUGGGAACAGCCGGGAAGCUGGUGUAAAACUGGAGUAAAAUUGUCUUAUAUACAAAAUAAAUGUCACAAGCUAAACUAA